ACAAAUGGUUUAAAGAAAGUCAUUUGCUGAUUUGUGUUCAAAGGUGGAAGAGUUUUACGGCCAGCCAGUUUAUUCUCAAGUUUUCUGAGUGGAUCGAUGGUUCCGUAUUUUCCCUGGCUGCUGGCGAAAUGGAACCUUGCCUGAUGAAAUGCUCCCAAGGGAACUCUCUAUUCAGAUCCCUUCUUAACCCUCUUAAUUAUAAGCUCCCAAAUUCCCUUCGCUGCUCGUCAAUGUCCUUCGUCUCUGGAAGAGGAAAAUCAGCUAAAAGAGCGUAUGAUGCUCUUCUAUUGGAUGCGGGAGGCACACUUUUGCAGCUGGCGAAACCUGUAGAGGAGACGUACGCCUCAAUUGGGAGAAAAUAUGGUCUCACUGCAACUUCAGCUGAAAUAAAGCAAGGAUUUAAGAGAGCUUUUGCUGCUCCAUGGCCUGAGAAGCUCCGUUACCAGGGAGAUGGAAGGCCGUUUUGGAAACUUGUUGUUUCUGAAGCCACUGGUUGUGCUGAUAAUGACUACUUUGAAGAAGUGUAUAAGUAUUAUGCAGAUGGUAAUGCAUGGCAUCUUCCAGAUGGAGCUUAUGAAACAAUUUUCCUCCUCAAGGAUAUUGGAGUUAAGGUGGCUGUUGUGUCCAAUUUUGACACCCGACUGAGGAAACUAUUGAAGGACCUCAGUGUUAUAGAUCUGUUUGAUGCUGUAAUUAUAUCAUCAGAAGUUGGAUAUGAGAAACCAUAUGAGAAAAUAUUCAAAGCUGCCUUAGAUCAAACCGGUGUUGAGGCUAGCAAGGCAGUGCAUGUUGGAGACGAUAAAAAAGCAGACAAGGCUGGGGCUAAUGCUAUUGGGAUUGAUUGCUGGUUGUGGGGAACUGAUGUGAAGACUUUUUCAGAUAUUCAAAAUCGCAUUCUGAUUCCAGAGUCAUAGCUUCAAAAUCAUCUUGGUUGGACUCUGAACCCAAGUCUUAUUGAGGUUUCUUUUACUUUUGGGUAUUACAUUGUUUUGACCUUGAAAGCAUAAAACAUCUUCACUUUGAUCAUAACACUGAUGCAAUUACCCAAACAAAAAUGGUGAUUUGACUGCUCAAAGGGUUGCUAUAUAAUACAUGUGAAGGAAUUUUCCAUAUCAUUUUUCUCUAGAAGGUGGUGAUUCAUGUAAUAAGAAACUGCUUGUGAUUGGAAUAUGUUGUAUUCUUGAGGUAACCUGUAUUAGGAGGCCAUAUUUUAGCCUUGUUAUAAUACACUCAACCUUUUUUCUCAAGUAUAGUGGUUACUUUUUGAACUUCUCUUUACCCUGGCAAACAGGGGAUUUGGAUACUGAGUUCUUAAGGCUAAAAUAAUAGUUUGGUCUCCGUACUAGUACAGACAGAAAACUAUACCGAUACCUGGCGUGAGAAAGUAGCCCGGACACUUGUUUUGUUUCCUGUGGGAAGUUAGCAUUGGCAGUUGCAAUUGUACCUUAGGUGGUGAGUGGAAAUUUGUUUUUCACAGUUUCUACAAACUCCAUUUUGUUUAAUUGGAUAUAUAUUUGUUCUAGCUUUUUACCAA